AUGGGGCUCAUAAGUUGGGCUCUUGGCAAGAAGCCCGAGGCUUCAGGUCCAUCACCGUCAUCUUCCACGACGAAGCCCGACAAGGUCGACAGCCAUGUCAAAAUCAGCAGUCGGGAUGCUCUCUCGAAGAUGGUUUCUACCAACGGCGACAACGUCAUGGUGAUCGAAGAGCUCGAGAGCGAUGAUGGUGUCCUGAGCGCCGAGAUGAAUUCCAGCGAUGAACGAAACCACUACCCAAAGGCUCAAUCUUCGAGCAAAACACGGGCCAAAGGUCCUGUCAAUCCGACUGGCUUGAUCGCAAGUUCAUCGUCCUUCAGCACAGCAGAACUAUUCGGGGGUGACGACACCGACUUCCUAGGGGAUCUCCUUGAGGGGACUUCUGCACCAUUGAAAUUCCAGCGACGCGGAGGGUUUCCUUUAGACAAGGGCAAGGUCUCCGUGAGCCAGGAGAUCAACAAGCCAUGCGGUGAAGAUGGCGCGUAUCAUGGGGACGCAAGCGAGAAAGACGAAGAACCUGAUGACGGCAUAGACGUGGAGUCACCAGCAUUCGGUCUUACGACACAAGGUAGUCUCGCGCAGUCUACCUUUCCGAAGUCUACAACAUCUGAAGAAGAUGAGCAUAGUAACUUCCCGUCCGAUAAAGAUCAUACCAAUGCGGACGAAGACGAGCAGGAUGAGCAACCGAAUGUUAUCCUUGUGGAAGAGCAGGCUGCUGUCGUCAAGAAACCCAGCGCUAGCGUCAUCCUUGCGCGCUUGCAUAAGCCUAUCGUGAGCCCCAACUGGGCCGAUUUGGAUGAGGAUGAUGAUGAUUGGGAGGCCCCCGUGGCGUGGAGGGCCGGCCAUGCUUCUGACAAUCCCAAUGUCCUUGAGGACGGCGAAGAAGAUAUUGACUCGUACGUCCAAUACAAUGCACAAGCGGACGUUGCUGACCUUGCCGACAGCGAAGAAGAAGCCGAUGCCGACAUCACAGAGCGCCCGAUCGACGAGACGUCCUUAGAAGCUGAACAAGAUAACGUGGGCUCAGAAGCUGGUGUACCAUCAUCCUAUUCUCUCCCCACCAUCUCCGAUUAUGGUGUAGGAGAUUUAGGCCUAGAUAAUGGUGAAGAGAUCACCAAUUUUAACCAGAGCCCGGCUGACGAGACAUCCGAAGAGAACGAUGAAGAACUCCAGGGCGCACAUGUCGGGACAUCAUGCUCCCACUACACUUCCUCAGAGUCCGACUACGGCGCAGGAUACACCGGUCCCUCGCGCUCUCUCGCCUACCACGACUAUGCCGACGUCGUGCAAGCUUAUCGCAACGAAGAGGAUCGACGAGACUCGGAUGAGGCGUACCAGAUCCAGAUGCAGCAGCUCUGGGAGCGUUAUGCCGAGAAAAUCGAUCUUCUCAAAGAACCUUCAACGACCGAGCCGCAAGAGCAGGACUCACAUGACGAAGUCAUGCGCAUUGUCUUCAGCGACAUCUACCCUGCGCUUCCGAGCAACGCCGAGAGUGGCCAGAUGCACAUCAUCGACUGGAAGACGCUCAUGGGGCCGGAUUAUCUGGGUCCAGACCCCGACGACGAGGGAAAGUUUCUCUUGCACUUCGCCAAACCACGACUGUGCGACGUCGUAGCGACACUCCUUUUCGAAUCGGACCCAUCCGCUCUCGACGCCUGGCUCGAUCCAUCAAACAAGGUCGUGGAAUGGUGGCACAGCCUGCACCACAGCUACCCCGGCGUCUUCAAAACCGUUAUCCGAAGGGAUGGUAACGAAGUCACUGUGGGAACAUUCAGCGACCUCGGCUUCAACGUGUGUUGGAAUCGUUACAUCAAGGCAGAGAUCAACACAAAUGGACAGUGGAGCGAGUCAUUUGCCUUCAAAGGCGGACAAUUCAGGAAACAACCUGAGGAGAAUGAACCCGGUGCUUCUUCACGGAAGGACCGUGGUGAGAUUGACUGGGAGUCGUUUAAGAUUGGUGACCCUAGCAAGUAUGACUGGGACGAACUUGAAGACCCAGCCGAAGCCCUGUGGCAGGGCAGGGUGCUAGCGCGUGAGCUGCUCUUGACGAUCCUGAACAAUUACAAUCAGUAUCGCGGCGGCAACACCGUUGAGCUGGUUGUCGAUGGAGAGUUGACGCCAAUAGAGGCGCGGGGGGUUAGGCGUGUGCCUAGGUGCAACGGCAUCGAGAACGAUCGGAUCGAGGAAGUUGUUUCGUCUCUUGGAGUGUAUGCUCGGAUUGGGGAAGAUCUUGCAUCUCAUGAGUCGUCAUCAGAGGUGUUGAACGGUCUUGAGCUCUGA